AGUAAGACCUCACAAAGAUAAGAGUUCUAGAGACGCGGAAAACAUAGAGAGAAGAAACACACAUACCUCAAAAGCGAAAUACACAAAAGAAAAAGUACAUCUUUAGUUUUCUCUUACAAAUUAAAGACAAUAUGGUGUCUCAAAAGCUGGAGAUUUGCAUCGAAUUAGUGAAGACUGCCGUCUUAUUUGUAUCCACCGUGGCUGAAUCAGUAGAAGAAGCUUUCCGUAAGCCUCCGCCGGCGCUUCCGGCAGCUCAUGAUGGUCGCCGGAACAGUUACGCCGACGUUCCCAUUCCUCUUGUUGGAUUCAUGUGAUGAGCUUUUUGUGUUUGUUAAACUUUUUUUCUUGAGUUUUGGCCUCAUUUUGGAAUGUUGUUGAUUUGUGUAUAAAAGUACAACCAAAUGAAUCAUGAAGAGUUACAGAUGAAUCAAAUCGUCGAUGUUUAUAAAACUUUUUGAGUAUUAAUCGCC